ACUAUGUCUCGACCCGUUCAGCCAGCAGCCAAUCCGAGCUGAGCAGCCCUGGGAUCUCGUCUAAUCCGGCUUACGCGACUAAUCUUAUUUAGAAUCAAAAAGUUACCCGUUACCCGUUAGCUAACACCCGUGGAUGGUCGGACUUUACUUUGCGCAUUAGGUACUUCAUACCAGCAUACGUAUGUACGUGGUCAAUAUAGUGGCUGUGCGUGUACCUACCUAUGUAGGCUGCUAGGAGGUAGUCAUCGCAUUCCAUGUCUCGGGUUUCGCCCCCCCGUAAUUAUAUAAGAAAAGGCGUAGCCGGCUUUGCCACCCCUCCGGUAUGCCCAAAGGUCCAACUUCAAUCAUCGUACAGUCGAGGAAGCUUGUGACCACUUUUGCGCGGACGCAGCACGCCGACAACACUAUUUCUCCAGCGAUAGUGAAGACCAAUCUAUCCCCUAAGGAGCCUAUUCCAGUCCCAUCCAGCAUACCAAUUGGACGACUACAGCGACCAAUGUCAGCAUCUCGGAGUGCCGGAGGGCAAACGUCAGAAGGAACAGAGAUUCCCAAACCACCUUCUACGGGCAUGUUUCCUUUAGGUUAUAAAGAAGCUGCCUCUCAAUGGUGGAACAGUGUAACGCCUAAGAUCGCUGAACGUAACGUGAUAUCAUGCAUACCAUAUCUUCGAGAAGCCAUCGCGUCGGGUACGAGUUCUGCGACAGAUGUCCCAUCGGCGGAACAUCCCGGGGAAGCUCAGACGUCGACGAAGAUCGAUCCCUACGGGCCAAGAAUAUGGAAGUCGACAAUGGUAAAGUUGUCUGGUAAGAAUAGGGGCUUAAAUGAGUUCUCUGUAGAACGUGUCGGAGAACCCGUCGAUGACACACUCGUUAUGCUUCACGGAUAUGGAGCCGGGCUGGGCUUCUACUACAAAAACUUUGAGAAUCUUAGUCGCGCCAAAGGCUGGAAGCUCUAUGCGCUGGAUUGGCUAGGGAUGGGCAACUCCACAAGACCACCAUUCAGGGUCUGCGCGAAGGAUCCAGCGGCAAAGAUUACGGAAGCGGAGAAUUGGUUCAUAGACGCGCUGGAAGAAUGGAGGAAGAUUCGAAAGAUCGAGAAAUUUACUCUUCUUGGUCAUUCUUUAGGCGGCUACUUGAGUGUUUCCUAUGCGCUCAAAUAUCCUGGCCACGUAAAUAAGCUCAUCCUCGCUUCUCCUGUCGGUAUACCUGAAGAUCCCUAUGCUGUGAACGCCGACAUGCCAGAACCAAUGGAGUCGACAUUCCAAGACGAGUUUGCCGUGGAUCAGCAAUUAACAACAGAAAGCCACAGUACUGACGGUCUUAACGGUAAUAAGAAGAUACAGCAGCAGGAAGCCAAAAAGCGACCGUAUCCUUCAUGGUUGGUUUGGUUAUGGGACGCCAACGUGUCACCAUUUAGUAUUGUACGAUUGGCGGGACCUCUAGGACCACGGCUUGCUUCAGGUUGGACCUCUCGCCGGUUUAACCAUCUUACUCCGGAAGAGAAGCAGACACUCCACGACUAUGCGUACUCGAUUUUCAGGCAAAGGGGAAGCGGCGAAUACGUCCUACCUUAUCUCCUUGCCCCUGGCGCGCAUGCGCGACGACCAGUCAUCAAUCGAAUCCACCGUGUAGGUAGACAAGUCAUCACCCCCGCAACUGAGACGGAACCGGCUGUAAAAGAAACCGGGUUUCCUAUCGUUUUCAUGUACGGGGAAAACGACUGGAUGGAUGUAGCAGGUGGUCUUGCUGCGGAGGAGAAGCUCAAGCAAGCUCAAGCUAAGAUAUUAUUAAACGCCACCGAAGAAGAGAGGAGGAAAGAAAAAGGCGAUGCAAAAGUUAUCAUCGUCAGCCGGGCUGGUCAUCACCUCUACCUCGAUAACCCAGACGAGUUCAACAAAUACAUCCGCGAGGAGCAAGAAGAUACGAGACGACGGACGUUGCAAGAGAAGGCUCUGGCAUAAGCUUUCAUGUCUACCUAUAUAUAUAAGGGGGUGGUGGGUUUAAAUGCAUUGCCUGGCGUUUUGGUUGGAUAUUAGACUUGGGGCUUUUUUUGGUUGACGAUAAUACGAUAAUAAUGACCAGAAGCUAACUACCCAGUACACUACCUAUUCGCAAGUUACGGUACACCAACAUUAUAUACAUACUAUAUAUUUAGAUUUAGAUUUAUAUUUAUAUUUAUAUUCAAGUA